UUCUCUCUCUAUAAAUAUAGAUAUAUUAUCAUUAUUUACACAAAUACAAACGCAUGUAUACAUAUUUUUACUUUAAACAGAGUCUCUGUUUCUUUAAUUAAAAGUAGAUGGAUAGAGUGGCUGUGGCUUGUUUGUUUGUACCUCCCCGAGGCUGCGCGAUCGGUACAGGAACCGAAACGGAAGAAAGAAAGUGAGAGAGAGAGAGAGAGGGAAAGAGAGAGAUGGGAUUUUAAAAGCAAAAGCAAAGAGGGGGAGGGGCACAGGAGGCUCACCUCACAAGCCUUGUACACGUGAUAAAGAAAACACCAAAAGCACUUGCAUGCGUGUAUAAAGAUUCAUCAUCCUCAUCUUCUUUCUUUACACCCCGAAUUUUCCCCCCCAACGAAACCAUACUCUGAAUCUCAGACCUCGACCUUUCGUUUCUCCGCCGGCCACUUUUGCCUUUCUAUUUUCACCAGUCCAAGGUCUUUGCCCCUCUCUGUGCUGUGAAGGAGUUACUAUUUUAUCAGGCAGCAGCUAUAAUCCCUAUUUUGUGAGGCGAAUAAACCAACCAUAGGUGGGCUUGUGUAUGUGCCAUUCGGUGAAAAGAAACAACUACUUGUGAACGCUUUGCAUACGAAUUUCAGUGAGAAAGAUACAGUAGAAAACAGACAUGCCUAUAAGGCAGAUGAAAGAGAGCUCGGACCAGCAUCUUGUGAUCAAAACCCACUUGAAAAACUCCAUGAACCCACCACAGAAAACUCCAAAAACUGCUCAAAAUGGGAAAGGUCCACCACUCCAAGAACACCAGAACACUAAAAUCCAGAACCAGCCCUCACCUCCUUCAAGAAAUAGAAGAAGAAGGGGAAGAGGUGGUAGAAAAUCUGAUCAAGGUGAUGCCUGUCUGAGACCGAGUUCCAGGCCUUGUACUGUGGCCUGUAAACCGGUAAACUCAGCUGGUGAUCUUUUGGCUACCAUUCCUAAUGGGUCUACUGAAAAUGGGGGCAAUGUUUGUGAAAUGGAGAUGGGUUUCCCUACUUCGAGCAAGUCUUUGAGUUUUGCUCCUAGGCCUGGUUAUGGUCAAGUUGGGACAAAAUGUAUAGUCAAGGCGAACCACUUCUUAGCUGAGUUACCAGAAAAGGACUUGAACCAGUAUGAUGUUACCAUCACCCCUGAAGUGUCGUCAAGAACUGUGAACAGAGCAAUUAUGGCAGAGCUUGUAAGGCAGUACAAGGAAUCUGACUUAGGCAUGAGAUUGCCUGCGUAUGAUGGCAGAAAGAGUCUGUACACAGCUGGUGAGCUUCCUUUUGCUUGGAAGGAGUUUACCAUUAAGCUUGUAGAUGAAGAUGAUGGAACAAACGGUCCCAAAAGAGAAAGAGAAUAUAGAGUGGUGAUUAAAUUUGUUGCUCGGGCGAAUUUGCAUCAUUUGGGCCAGUUUUUGGCUGGUAAUCGUGCUGACGCUCCCCAAGAAGCUCUGCAAAUUCUUGACAUUGUGUUAAGAGAGCUUUCAGUAAAGAGGUAUUGCCCCAUCGGGAGAUCCUUUUUUUCUUCUGAUAUAAGAGCACCACAACGGCUUGGGGAUGGCUUAGAGUCCUGGUGUGGCUUUUACCAGAGUAUAAGGCCUACCCAGAUGGGCCUGUCCCUGAAUAUUGAUAUGGCUUCAGCUGCUUUCAUUGAGCCUCUUCCCGUUAUUGAAUUUGCUGGCCAACUUUUAGGGAAAGAUGUUCUAUCAAGGCCAUUGUCCGAUUCUGAUCGUGUGAAGAUUAAAAAGGCCCUUAGAGGAGUGAAAGUUGAAGUAACUCAUAGAGGUAAUGUAAGAAGAAAGUAUCGUGUUUCUGGAUUAACGUCUCAACCGACAAGAGAACUAGUGUUUCCCGUUGAUGAGAACUCGACCAUGAAGUCUGUUGUUGAAUACUUCCAAGAAAUGUAUGGAUUCACCAUUCAACAUAGUCAUCUACCUUGCCUUCAAGUUGGAAACCAGAAGAAAGCAAAUUAUUUACCCAUGGAGGCAUGCAAAAUUGUUGAGGGACAACGAUACACAAAAAGGUUAAAUGAGAAACAAAUCACUGCUCUACUAAAAGUCACAUGUCAAAGGCCAAGGGAGCGGGAAAAUGACAUUUUGCAGACGGUUCAACAUAAUGCUUAUGAUCAAGACCCUUAUGCAAAUGAGUUUGGGAUCAAAAUCAGUGAAAAGCUAGCUUCUGUUGAGGCUCGAAUUCUCCCCGCCCCUUGGCUAAAAUAUCAUGAAACUGGAAAAGAAAAGGAUUGUUUGCCUCAAGUUGGUCAGUGGAAUAUGAUGAAUAAGAAAAUGAUUAAUGGGAUGACUGUAAACCGGUGGGCAUGCAUUAACUUCUCACGUAGUGUUCAAGAGAAUGUUGCUCGUGGAUUUUGUAGUGAGCUUGCGCAAAUGUGCCAAGUAUCUGGCAUGGAAUUUAACCCAGAUCCUGUAAUUCCAAUAUACACUGCUCGUCCUGAGCAAGUAGAAAAAGCUUUAAAGCAUGUUUAUCAUGUGUCCAUGAACAAAACCAAAGGAAAAGAGCUGGAACUUCUAUUGGCGAUUUUGCCUGAUAAUAAUGGCUCACUCUAUGGAGAUCUCAAGCGAAUAUGUGAAACUGAUCUUGGCUUAUUAACACAAUGCUGUCUCACAAAACAUGUUUUCAAAAUCAGCAAGCAGUACUUGGCUAAUGUGUCGCUUAAGAUCAAUGUUAAGAUGGGCGGUAGGAACACUGUACUUUUGGAUGCCAUCAGUUGCAGAAUACCUUUAGUUAGUGACAUACCAACCAUUAUUUUUGGAGCCGAUGUCACUCACCCAGAGAAUGGGGAAGACUCAAGCCCAUCAAUAGCUGCUGUAGUAGCUUCUCAGGACUGGCCUGAAGUGACGAAAUAUGCUGGAUUAGUAUGUGCUCAAGCUCACAGACAGGAACUCAUCCAAGAUUUGUACAAAACAUGGCAAGAUCCUGUUCGUGGUACUGUUAGUGGUGGCAUGAUCAGGGAUCUUUUAAUUUCUUUUAGGAAGGCAACAGGCCAGAAGCCACUGAGGAUAAUAUUUUACAGGGAUGGUGUAAGUGAAGGGCAGUUCUAUCAAGUUCUACUUUAUGAGUUAGAUGCCAUACGGAAGGCUUGUGCUUCUCUAGAACCAAACUAUCAGCCACCAGUAACUUUUAUUGUAGUACAAAAACGACACCACACUCGGCUGUUUGCUAACAACCACAGGGACAGAAGUAGCACAGAUAAGAGUGGGAACAUAUUACCUGGCACUGUGGUUGAUACUAAAAUCUGCCAUCCAACAGAAUUUGACUUUUAUCUCUGCAGCCAUGCCGGAAUACAGGGGACGAGUAGGCCAGCUCACUACCAUGUUCUCUGGGAUGAAAACAAUUUUACAGCAGAUGGAAUUCAGUCUUUAACCAACAACCUCUGUUACACGUAUGCAAGGUGCACGCGUUCUGUCUCUGUUGUUCCUCCAGCAUAUUAUGCACAUUUGGCUGCUUUCCGCGCAAGAUUCUACUUGGAACCAGAUGUGCAGGAGAAUGGCUCUAAUGGCAGUGGCCAUGCUACAAAGACCACACGAACAGGAGAUGCCGGUGUCCGACCAUUGCCUGCUCUAAAAGAGAAUGUGAAGAGAGUAAUGUUCUACUGCUAAGCUUGGUUUGGUGCAGCAGUUUGUGGGAGACCGGCCAUACUAAAUGGUCUUUCAUUCCUCAGAUUCCUUUGUACAUUAUCAGUGACAUGAUCGCUAGGUUUUCCCUUCUAGGAAGCGGUUAAACUGAAAAAGUUUAGGGGUAAUAGUCCUGGAAAGUUAUUUAGGGGUAAUAGUCCUUGAAAGUUAAUUGGAAUCGUUUAGAGUAGGUGAGUUGUGAAAUCCCUUUUAGUUUUUAGAGGGAAGAAUGUAAAAGUAGGGCUCAUGUAAAGAAAUGUUUUUUUUUUCUAUGUAUGAAUCAAUGUUGUGUAGGAAAUUUUGUUGCUCAUUUGAGAAAAAUGAAUUGCAGAUGCACUGUGGAAGUGAUUUUCU